AUGGCGGGGCGGGGGGCUGGUGGUCAGGCGCGAGGAGGAGGCGGCGGCUCGGCCAGCGACGAGGUUGAUGAGGAGGAUGGUGAGGGUGCAGGUGGCGCAGGUGCAGGAGCGGCCAUGGCCAGCGACCGAGAAUACUCAAGCAGAGCGUCCGCCGGGUGGGUCGGGGGAUACAAGCCGCGAUACAGCUCUGGUCGACUGUAA